AUGUGUGUGCACGGUGUAAAGUUUAAAGAUGUAGAUAACGUGAUAAGUCCUCAGUUUGUAUGUGGCACUGUCGCUGUUCAUUAUAAAACUUGGUGGCAUGCAUUGAUCGAUUCUAAUUCAUCAUUGAACAGCACGCACUUGGAUGCAUGCUUUCAUUACAUAAGACAACUUGCCAAGUUUGGUGAAGGUGUGAAGAUGAAAGCUACCACUACAGACUGCAUAUUUGAUAUGUCAAUCAAGUCGACAUACUCCAAGUUUAUUCAAGACCCAAGCAUUGUUGAGAAGAAGGAUGAGCUAAUCAAAACCAUCAAUGGUGAAUGGUUAUCAUUUAAUACUGCAUGGAGAGAAGUUGAAUCUGUGUUGAUGCCCAUUAUGCCCACAAAUCAUGCUCAUUGGAUGUUAGGGCAGCUUGAUAUUACUAACCAUGUCCUUUACAUAUAUAAUUCAAGCAACAAAUCAUACAAGGACAAUAAGGUUCGCGAAGGGGUUUUAUCGCUUGUGAAGACUCUUACACACCUUUUAAAAUUUGUCGGGCUAUGGAAGGAAACUAGUGAUAGUAUUGGUGACAAAUCUGGGGAACUGCAUGUUAAUAUUGUCCGUGGUUUACCCCAACAACAAAAUGGGCAUGAUUGUGGGGUUUUUGUGAUAAAGUAUGCACAGUAUUUGUUGCACAAUGAUCUUGGCAAUAUGCCAAUGUCAUUUGAUGCUGGGAAUGGAAGUUGA